CUGAAGGGCUCCGGGACGGCGGCCCGGGUGGCAGGGACCGCCUAGCCUCGCACCCAACUCGGAGAGCGAACGGAAGGUGUCUUCAUGAAUAAUUUAAAUGAUCCUCCCAACUGGAACAUCCAGCCAAAUCAAAGAGAGCCCAGGGAUGAGGGCGGCAGAUGGAAUUACGCUUUGCUGGUUCCCAUGCUGGGAUUGGCAGCCUUUCGUUGGAUCUGGACCAGAGAAUGUCAGAAAGAAAUAGAAAGAGAAAAAAAAGAAUAUUAUAAAAAACACUCAUCUUUACAAAGAGACCUAGAAGCCAAAUACCGGGAUAUCAUCACAGAAAAUCGUCGCACAGUUGCUCACUUGGAGCUGGAGCUUGAAAAGGAACGCAACAGAACCUUGAGUUACCGUGAAGCACUGGUGUCUCAGAGUCGCAAAUUAGUAGAAGAAAGAAGAAUCCUAGAACAGGAACAGGAGAAAUUAGAGCGAGAAAAACAAGUCCUCUUGCACUCAGGAGCUGCAGGUAACUUGUACCAAAGUUAUCUGGCAAAGGAAGAAGAGUGGCAAAAAAGAGCCAAUAUUCUACUAAAAGAAUUUGAAGAUGGACUUAAAGAAAGACAGGAAAUCUACUGCAGUCUUGUGGUACCAAGAAACCAGAGACUAGAAAUAGAGAAAAAUCUGCUAGUUAAAGCAGCAACUGAUCCUGUUGCUGUGGAUCUGCAAAUGGAGAGUGGCUUGAAAGAUAUUUUCAAGCAUGAUAACUACUGUGGCAAUCUGCUGAACAGAAACAAAAGUCAAAAUGGAAGACUUAUGUGGCUGUAUCUCAGAUAUUGGGAGCUAGCUAUUGAAGUACAGAAGUUCCAGAGGCUAGAAAAAGCUAUGUUAGGAAAACAAUAGGUGGGGGAAAUAAUGAUCUUUCAUGUGCUCCACCAUGAAUAGUAUAGACUAUCACAACUGUAGUCUGAAGCUGUUAAAUUCUACUUUGUUUUGACAGUUUCCCUUCCUCAUUGCAUUUGUAUUUGCAUGGGACAUGUACAGUGUGGGUGCCUUUCCUUUCACUAUUUAACAACAAAUGCUCUAGUGAGCUGUGCACUUUGCUCUAAAACUCUGUGAGUGUGUUUGUAUUGCAGACUGCAGUGUAGUGUACAGAUAUGCAGGCUUCUGUAGGUACCAGAAGCACCAAAAAUGGAAACCAAGUUAGACUAAUUUACCUAACUGCUGGUUAUCCUCCUCCAAUGGAGAAUGAGAAUUGUCUCCCUCAAGCUAGGUAACACACAGUGCUCCUUAUCUCUAAUUUCUUGCAUAAUGUUUCAUCACCUUUUUUAAGCAGGCCUGAUUUCCAGGCAGAAACUUGGAAGAGACCAUGAUCAAGCAAGGUUCCUUGUCACAUAAAUCCUACAUGUGCUUGCAUAUAUAUAUAUGUGUGUGUGUGUAUAUAUGUAAAAUGUGUGUGACUGUGUGUGUAUAUAUAUAUAUACACACAGACACACACAUGUAUGUGUGUAUAUGUGUGUACAUGUAUAUACAUUUGUAUAAUACAUACAUUUCUAUGUAUUACUAUUCCAAGGGAGGAAAAAGUAUGAUCUUGUUCAGAUUAAUCAGUUUUGCAUUGUCUUGUUUUCCAGGCUUAAUGUACAAAUGGGACUUUCUGUAGGAAACAUCCCAAAGAUGCUAAUCAAAAUAAUGCCUAAAAAACAGUUUGAUCAAAGUCUCGCUUGAACUAGGGAAGCAUAUCUGAGUUCUAAAUGGAAAGUAUAUGAACUCUAGGCUAUAUUCAUACCAUAUAAAUGUUAAGAAUACAUACAUUUUCUUCUUAGUCAAGACUUCAGUUAUUACUGAAGAGUGUGCCUCCAGCAUAGACCUUACCAUGCUGCUGUCUCUGUGUCCUGGUGCACUGGGUGGUACAUGUUGCACUUCCAGGAGCCUCUGAAGAUUCCUGUCAGUACAUCUGGCCCCAUGCCUGGUACAGGCCCUAUUUGAUACUCGCAUACAGAAACAUAAAUGUAGCCUGACCACCUCUAGCCACUUCCAGCCCUACAGCUGUCUCAGUUCUCCCAGAACUGAAGUAUACUUUUCCAAAACUGUUAAAUUUUGAACUUACAGUUCACCUCUUCAGAAGAGGUAAACAUGACUCUGAAAGCCUAUGAACUGUAAGCAACAAGCUUUGCAAAAGUUUAAGUAAAAGGACUUUUAACUUUAUUGAGCACAAUAAAAUGAACAGAUCUAGACAGAACAUUAAAAAUACCAUAGUGCAUUUCUGUGCUUGAAAUCCCCUGAAACUUUGGCUCUUUGUGGAGAGUGGGAACCACAUUUAGUUUCAAAUGUGCCAUGCAUUUUGGAGUGGAUUUCUUCCUCCUUUCUAAUCCAGCCUUACUCCCAAAGCAGCAGUGUGUACCCUUUUGUUUAUAACCUUAUAACCUUGUCUGUUACUUGGCAUUGAUCAAUGUUGAUAGGUUGUCAGUUCUUCAGCAGUUCUUCAGUUAUUCAGGAUCAGCCUUGAAACAAGUUUGCCCUAGGCUGUCAGCUGUUGCUCGGCUCAGAAGCAGUUCAGCAAAGUGGAUGCCUGUGCAAGUUUAACAGAGCUCUGGCAGAUUUGGAGUUUUCUCUUAUUAUCUCCUCUUGGUUUCAUUUUAGCCUGAGUACAGGAGACAGCAGAUAAGUCAACCAUGCAAAUUGUGUAUGCAACCUAACGUAGUUACUCAGCAGAAAUGCCCCACAUGAAACAAAAUUCUUAAACUGUACAUGUUUCUCAAAUAAUCAUUUCUUCAGUUGUGAUUUUGCUCACUUUAGUGGUAACUAUACUAUUGUAUUGAUCUGUCAGCCUUUUAUGGAAUGAUAUUUCUUAAAGUUGUGGUAAACAUACAUUACCAAAAGAGGAAAAAAAUAUAUUAUCGCAAGCACCGAAAAGGCCAAAGACUUUAUGGAUGCCAAAUAUAUGCAGGUUGGGAGAUGACAAUAAGCAAUUGAAAUACUACUCUUGUGUGACCACUUGAGGCAAGCUGCUGUAGCUGACCAUAUGCACAUACCCUAAUUGCUUAGUAGAACAAAUAAAACAACUUCCCUUAUGUGUAAUUCCUUCAGCUUGUGGAAAUUGCCGCACAGCUAUGGAGAGUUUAGUGAGCACAUACAGGCAGUUACAGCAAUUCAGCUGACAUACAGUAGCCAGUGUAUCUAUGCCAAUAUAUUCAAGACUCAUGCCUUGGCUUUGUACAUGUUCAUUAGUUCUUGAUAUUAAAAGGUCAAGCUUUUAUGCUUUCUGAGUUUUUUCAUAGUUUGUCACUGACAUCAACUCAAAAUAUUUAAAGAAAACGUGUAAUCAAGAGGGUAAAAUACAUUCUUCAAUAUAAAUAUGUAAAUUGAAGCACUGUGUGCUUGACUGUAUGUGAUUGGAUGCAAUGUAAUAAAUGUUUGAAAUUCUCUUCUUUAGAA